CAAGAAACUACAACUCACACUCUCUCGAGAAUCUCCACUCUUCGCAACAGCACCACAGCCGGAACAUCGAGCCCAUAUGCAUUACCAUGAAUCCACACGGUCAGCAAGUAAGAGCUUCAUUCCACGGUGAUCCCAACACAUUCGAGUACCAUCAAGACUACCUCGAAGGCAGACAAAGCCUCGCAGGCGGAGGAACAUUCUUCGCCGUACUGGUUUGCCUUAUACCUUUUGUCUACCAGAUAUUUUCCACCCUUGGCUACGAUCUUCUACCUAUCCCAGAACUGCUCUGGAACGUACUGGUCUAUGUCACGCCCUCUCGACUGCUUGAUGCUGUUGAGAACUAUACGAACCCUUUGCGAAUACAAAAUCCUGCCUUGAGAGGGAUUCCGCGGACCCAUGCCUCGAAGAGUGAAAGCAUGCGACAAUUACUUGGGUUGGACACUGCUGGUGGACUCAUAGGGUCCGUGGCGCAAGCCUCGAGGCGAAGGCUGUCGACGCUUCCGGGUGUUAACAUUACGAAUCUGGAUGCAGAGGGAAAACCUGCUGGAUUGGGAAAUUGGGAUAAUUCAUGUUAUCAGAACAGCGUCCUCCAAGGGCUGGCGUCGCUGGACACUAUAACAGAAUACCUCACGAACCCGAGCAUGGAGGUCGAAACGAUGGAAGAAUCCUUGAAACCGGAGUUGAGGAUGGCGGAAGCUCUGAAAGGGCUGAUCGAGACUUUGAACGAUUCGGAGAACAAUGGAAAGAGAAUAUGGACGCCUGCAACGUUGAAGAACAUGAGUAGCUGGCAGCAGCAAGAUGCGCAAGAGUACUUUUCAAAGGUCUUGGAUGAGAUUGACAAGGAGAUUGGAAAAGUAGCGAAGCUGGCAAUGUCAUCACAGGGCUUCGAGUCGGACGAUUCCUCAAAUUCAUCUCCUCCUGCACCAUCAACCACAUUUCGAAAUCCUCUAGAAGGACUCAUCGCACAACGGGUAGGAUGUACGAAGUGUGGAUACUCUGAAGGACUUUCUAUGAUUCCUUUCAACUGCUUGACGGUGCCAUUAGGCAAAGCCUGGGAGUAUGAUAUCACGGAUUGUCUUGACGAAUACACGAAGCUCGAGCAGAUAGACGGCGUGGAAUGUGGGAAGUGCACGUUACUCAAAUAUCAACGGAUGAUAUCCACAAUCUUAGAGCGGUCGACGAUGCCUCCUGACAGCCCAGCUUACCAGCAAGCCAAAGCGAGACUGGAAGCAGUUGAGCUUGCCCUUGAAGAUGAUGACUACGAGGACAAGACUCUGGUUCAGAAAUGCAAAAUACCUUCAAAGAAUCGCGAAUCAUCAACGAAAAGUCGACAAGCUGUUAUCGCAAGGCCUCCUAAGUCAAUGGUGGUUCACUUCAAUCGGAGUCUUUUCGAUGAACUUACCGGUGAGCUAAGGAAGAACACCGCCAUGGUCAGGUUCCCCAAGAUCCUCGACAUCGCUCCUUGGUCAUUGGGUAGUGCCGAAGAUGGUGAGGAUGUCUCAACAGAGGAGUGGAAGCUCAACCCAGAUCAGCCGAUGAUUGCCAGUACUGGAAGGCCAUCGAGAUUGCGAGGCCCACUCUACGAACUUCGAGCUGUUGUGACGCAUUACGGAAGACAUGAGAAUGGUCACUACGUCUGUUACAGGAAACAUACUACAACGGAAAUUGUAGAAGACUUGACACCAGAGACAGAAGAUCAGAAAUCGCCAGAGCAAUGGUGGCGCCUCAGUGACGAAGAUGUUAUGAAAGUCACAGAGGAAAGUGUUCUGAAUCAAGGCGGAGUGUUCAUGUUGUUCUAUGAUUGCAUCGCACCUGCGACCCCAAUCCCUUCAGUCCCCAUCACACAAAUUCCCGAGCACGUUGCUAUGUCGGAAAAGAUUGUCAAUACUCUUCCUGUGAAGGCAGACGAGGUCGUCAAAUCCACAGAGCUACCAGAUCUCGACGUUGUAGCAAGUAUCCCUCUACCUGAUAUCGACGACGAAGAUCUCUUCUCCAAUGACUCUCAAGAUCAAGAUUCGGUCUUGACCACCAGAGACGAGAGCAUUGCCACCACAGAAACCGACAUAUCAGAAUACGACGAGGAUGAGAAUCUUGACAAAGACCAAGUUGAAGCAGAGGAUUACCAGCCUGCAAAAGCGAUACUUGUCCCUCCGUACAUACGACAGCCUGGAAUAAACGACGAGAAUGAGGAUCCGACAAAACAGAAGAUGUUAGGCCCAGCCUCGUCGUUGGUAAUGGUUUGAAGCAGAGAGGAAGAAAUGGCUGUACACUGACAGGAAAUAUGGAUUGGAUGUCUGAUUUCUACUUGCUGCGAUUUCGAUGCAUAGCGUGGCGUUUUGGAUGUAGCUGCUAGGCUGGCGCGCAUGGUUGGGAUUCCAGGUGUUUGAUUAUAUUGUAAGAAUAUAGAAUUGAUUUGAUAAAAC